UGGGCUGUGAUCUACACUCCUGGACGUGUCUGUGCUCUGAAAGGAUCAUCAGUUGAUCUGUCCUGCUCUUAUAAACACCCUGAAGGACUCACAGUGAAUAGAUCACUCUGGUUCAUUGAAAGUCAGUGGAAGUUUGGUGCUGAGCCUGAGGAUGUACGAUGGUCUGAUCAGUAUGAGGGGAGAGUGCAGUACAGCCGGACCCUGAACUCCAGUAGAAUGACCAUCACUGGCCUGAGAGAGAGCGACGCUCACAGAUACAGCUUCAGAUUCUACACUGAUGAUCCUGACGGCAGAUACUCUGGCAGUCCUGGAGUCACUCUGUCCGUCACAGAUCUGAAGGUUACAGUGUCAGAUACAGAUGGAGGAGUAAAGAAGCUGACCUGCAGCUCCACCUGCACUCUGCCCAACACCACCACCUACAUCUGGUACAGGAACGGUCAGCCUGUAUCUGACCAGAACAGAAAUGAACUGGAGCUGAGAGACAGAACUGUGGAUGCUGGCAGCUACUCCUGCGCUGUGAAAGGAUACGAGGAGCUCGGCUCUCCUGCCGUCUACUCUCCCAGACCUCCAUCUGUAUCUGAGACUGAGGUUAACGGCUCCGUCACGCUGGUCUGUGUCAGCGACUCCAACCCUGCCAGCUCUUACACCUGGUUCAGGAAGACAGGAGGACACAUCACACAGUUUGGAGAAGGAGCCAGUUUAACUUUAGCUGCAGGAGCAGAUGGAGUUUUCUACUGUACGGCAGAGAAUCCAUACGGAUCAUCCAACUCAUCAGAAUGGACACUUACAUCAGCUGGGCUGUGGAAGCAGUUUGCUGUGUGGGGAACCGUUGGAGUCGGUUCUGCUCUGGUUCUGUCUCUUAUUACUGCUGCUGUCUGUCUUCAGAGGAAGAGAGGAGCAGAGGGAGGAGCAGAUGUUCAGGCUCCGAAGUGUGGAGACGACACGUACUCGGCUCUGAACCCCAACGCCAGGUCCUCCGACUACGACACUCUGACUGUUGUCCGUCCUCACCCAGCGAUGAGAAGAGCUCCAGAGAACGAGAACUAACAGCUGUUCAUUUACUCUUCAUUCACCACUGCAGCUUCAGCUCUAUGGACAGAACAUUAAAGAGGCGUACGGAGGAUUUCUGAGGAUUAAAGAGCUUCUAGAGCUCAAAACACAUCAGAUGAUCUCCUAAAGUCAGAGAGAUUCUCUCAGAUCAGUCAGAGGAGCUUCUGUUUAUGAAGGGUCUUUAUUCACUGUAGUGCUGUUAUACACCAUGAUGAUCCAAACAUGGACCAGAACCAGGCGGUUCUGAUCGCUCAGUGUGAACAGAGUUGAGAUGAUUUGGAUCCAGUUUGAGUAAAAAUGUCACUGUGUAAAUCAGAUUUAUUAAUGUAGAGUUUGUAUAUUUUCAGUUGCUUCUCUGUAGUUUUCCUCUUGUUCUCAUUGUUUAGGUUAGUAGAUCCUCUUAAACUCUUUUCUAGCUGUGCUGUCGUUGUUCUGAAUGUGCUGCUAAAACACCGAUAAUAAAGUUUUGAAGCAGC